AUGCCCAAGCAACUGACACCUGCCAACACGGCGGACGGUGCGGCUGGGAGCGGUGGGGUGCGAUACCUGAUGGUGGAAGUGAAUGGGGGACUGAACCAACAACGCACAGCGGUGUGCAACGCGGUGGCGGUGGCGGCACUGCUGAACGCCACGCUGGUGCUGCCCACGCUGCUGCUCAACAGAGUCUGGAACGACUCCAGCACCUUUGCCGACAUCUUUGAUGCGCCAUUCUUCAUCGCCCACCUCGCCCAUUUCCUCCCGGUCGUCCCCGCCCUGCCCCCCAACUCCUUCCACGUGCCGCCCAACUACUUCCCUGCGCCGCCCCUCGCCGUGCGUCUGCGCCGCGUCACGCGCCUGGCACUGCACGUGGCGGCUGGGCUAGCCACGGGGCGGCGACCACUGCUGCCGCCCUACGUGCUGCUGCCGCCCAAGAUCUCCCCGCCCCAGUGGGCCAGUGCGCACUACUAUGUCACGCAAGUGGGACCAGCGCUGAGGGACAUAGGAGCAGUGCGGCUGAACCCAUUUGCCAACCGCCUGUCCUCGCGGGGUCUGCCCCUCGCGCUGCAGCGCCUGCGCUGUCGCUGCAACUUCCACUCGCUGCGCUUCCAAGCGCCCAUCCGCACUGCUGCCCUCACCGCCCUCCACCACCUCUCCGCCCACGCCGCCACUGCCGCUCGCUCUGCUGGCUCCUCCACUGGGCCGCCUGUCAGCGCACUGCCUGCCGCUCUCCUGCCCGCACCUGCACUCUCGCCGCCUGCCCCCUUGCUGCCAUGGAUUACCCCCCCAGCGCGGCGGCGGGGGCAGGCGUUGUUUGUGGCGGUGCACGUGCGGUUUGAGAAGGACAUGAUGGCGUUCUCGCGCUGCUCCUUCUCCUCCUCGCCCGCCCUGCACCGCGACCUGCAGCGCUACCGUGCCUUCGCUUGGUCGCGCUUCCACCUCAGCCCCACCGCCGCCGCGUGGCAGUGGCUCAAGGCUGCGCUGGGAUGGGGGGAACGGGCAGCAGCACGGCAGGGCAGUAAAGUAGGGGCCGUACAGGGAAGCAAGAAGAAGGGCAGCAGUGGCAGUGGAGAGGGGGCGGAGGGUGGGGGCGAGACAGCGAGUUCAUUGAGAGAGGCGGGGCACUGCCCUCUCACACCACUGGAGGUGGCGCUGUUCAUGAGGGCGGCGGGCAUAUCACCCGCCAUGCCUGUGUUCGUGGCGUCUGGCGAGCUGUACGGCCCGCACCGCCUCAGGGCGGCCUUCACAGCACUCUUCCCGCGCACCCUCACCAAGGCGCACCUGCUCUCGCCCGCCCACCUGCGCCCCUUCCAGGGCCAUGCAUCGCAGCUGGCGGCCAUCGACUACCUGAUAGCGCUGCACGCACCGCUGGUGGUGCUGUCACACGGGUCCAACUUCGGGCACGUGCUCACGGGGCAGCGCCGCUACCUGCACGGCGGCCAUGCGGGCGUGCUCAAACCCGACAAGCGCCGCCUCGCCCACCUCUUCAUCCACACACACCUCAGCUGGGCGUCCUUCCGUGCAUCGGUGCAGGCACUGGUGAGGGCGGGCAGAGAGGCCGAGCACAAGGUGGAGGCGGGGGAAGAGGCGAGCAAGGAUGGGGAGGAUGGGAGGAUAGAGGGGAGGCAGCGAGUGGGGAAUGUGACGGCGUUGGAGGUUGCACGUUGGGGUGUUGGGGAGGGCGGGCAGCAAUUAAGGAUGGAUGAGGCGCAGUCCAGUGACGCGGCGCAGUCUACCCAGGCGGGUCACCCGGAAGCGAUCGAGCCGUCAGGGCGGUUAGAGCAGUUACGGCGGGCAGAUGGAAUAGAAGACACAGUACAGGGGCGGUGGCAGGGAGUGGAAUCUGGUGGUGGGCGUGGGUGGGUGAUUCGGGGAGCGAGGAGUGGCGGUGCGGUGUUGAGAGCAGGCGAUGGGGGGCAGGGGACCUGGAAGAGACCUGCGCGCAGCGAGAGCAGUGGGAGCAGCGGUGGCAGUGCGGCGCGCCGCAUGCGAGGACACGUGCCGCGCCAGUCAUGGCCAAUCGAGCAGCAGGGGGGGCAUGGAAAGCGACGGCAAGGGCAGCGACGGCGGCUGCUGAACCUACCUUGGACAGCACAAGGCGCAUGGGACGUGACAGCAGGACACGCACGCGGGGCAACCAGCAGCGCCACCACCACUGACACGCCCACGCCCUUCCCUCACCACUCUCCCCUCUCCGCCUCCGCCUCCUCCGCGCCCACCAGCGGCACUGCUGCACCUGCUGUCGCUACUGCACUCCUCUCUCCUGCUCGUGCGCCUGCUACCACGCCGCUCACUCCCACACUACUUGCCGCCACCAGCGCAGGGGAGAGCGGUGGCAGCAGUGUGGGCGGAUCAGCGGGAACACCUGCUGCCAUGACUGCACCUGCAGAAUCAGGACCUGGCGAUGCAGCAGCAGUAGCGGCGGCGGCAGCGGCGGUGUAUGGAGCGGGGGAGCGAGGGGCGGAGGGGGAGAUGGUGGGGAAGCGGCUGGUGAUGGUGGUGACGCCCACGUACCCGCGUGCGUACCAGGCGCUCUACCUCGCUCACCUCGCCAACACCCUGCGCGCCGUGGCCCCCCCGCUGCUGUGGAUCGUGGUGGAGGGCGCCAAUAAGACGGACGAGACGGCGCGGGCGUUGGAGCAGACGGCAGCGCAGUGCCUGCCGCACGGUGACCCCGCGUGCCGCACCCUCAACUUCCUGCACCUCGCUGCUGGCACGAGGGAGAUGGCGAAGUGGAACAAGGCGGUGGCGCAGCGCAAUGCAGCGUUGCAGCACAUAGAGCAGCACCGCAUGGACGGGGUCGUCUACUUUGCUGAUGACGACAACGUCUACGCCCCUCAGCUGUUUGAGGAGCUGCGCGCCAUCAGGGUGGUGGGCGCGUUCCCAGUGGGCUUCCUCUUCUCGGCGGACUACGCGGCAUUCAACCCCGGCAAGCCCUCGCGCCCCUUUGUGGAGCGCCCCCUCGUGCAGCGCGGCAGUGACGGCGUGGCGCGCGUGGUGGGGUGGGAGACGUUUGAGUGGUCCAUCCCCAAGGGCAAGCGCGGCGGCGCCUACCGCUCCUUCUGCUCCGACAUGGCUGGCUUCGCCUUCAGCUCUCGCCUGCUGUGGACGCGCCUCACCUCCAUCCCGGGCUACCCCCGCCACCCUGUUCGCUUCCAGGCCAUCUGGGGCGGCUACCUGGAGACCACGUUCCUGUCGCGCCUGCUGCCGUCGCCCGCAUACCUGCAGCCCAUAGCACGGGAUGCCACGGAUGUGUGGGUGUGGCACAUGCACGCGGAGGCCGAGAAGACCUUCCAGUACCCCGCCAAUGCCUGGACCCUCCCCCAGCCUGACCCCCAGCGCCUGGUGCGGGUGGCACAGGAGGGGUCUGGGUGGCCUUACAUCGUGGGGGGGCAGCGGUAUGGGUUUGAGGACAAGAAGGAACCGUGGCCACGCUUUGGGUACCAUGCGGGGCUCAUGCCUCGCAAUGGCACGGCUGCACCACCGCCAGUCAAACGCACACCCAAGGAUCAAUUCUCGUGGAAGGAUUAG